AUGAUGAAAAUCACGAAAGAGAGGAAAAAGUACCGAAUUAGCACCCCCUAUGAUGAGGCGCAGAAGGUGGGCAUUAAGGCCAAGGCGGAAGAGCUGAAGCAGCUCAAAAGAAAGGAACUCAACGAACAGCAACAACGCAGCGGUGAACAGAAUGACCACGAAGAAACAAACGCAGCGGAAAGGUUUAUGCGCAUUUAUAAAGAGUACAUAGAGAAAAGUGAAGAAGUAGAGAAAUUUAAAAAAGAAAAUGAAGACCUGCAGGAAUCGAAGAAGAGAACUGGCAGUAGGAAAAAAAUAAAAAAAUUAAAUUUGAAGCUGAAGAAAAAUAACUUGAUAGCAAAGUUGGUAAAGAAUAAAGCCAUCAUUAAGGCAGGCAGAGCGUUCUUGUCUGUAUCGAAACAGAGGUGUAAGAAGACAAAUUUGUCAACCCAGGGAGUGAAGAAUAAAUCCGAGGAAGUGGCUACGAGGAUUAUCCCCCCAAUUCUCGCAAAAGUUCUGCGUGGGAACAAUUCGAAAGGGAAAAUCGGAGUGGAGAAGGUAACCACCAGGGACAGUACCCCAAAUGGAACGCCUCACAACUGCCUAGGUAGCACGCCGAGCGGUCCUCAUGUGAUGAAGACAAAAGAAGACUUGCUGAACCAGUACGAUGAUUUAAUUAAGGCCAGUGAAUUUAUCCAGAACCCGCUCGAAUUCGCCAGGCAGGUUAUUGAGCGACGGCAGAAGCAGGGCCACAAGAACGCUCCAAAGCAAAACGCGGCAACGAAAAACGUGACGAACAAAGGAAACACAAAGGGGAGACCUCCUUUUUGA